AGUUAGGUACCAUGUAGGUAUUUGGAGAACACUGCUGCGCCAGUGCAAUAAACGGCCUCGCUCUGAACGCACGUAGUUUCAUUUAUAACACGUGGCGACGAUCGGUUUAAUUACAUACCUACUCACGCAAUAAAAGUUGAAGUUGUAAUAAAUAUUCAUAAUGAACAGUGCUAUCGGGAAUUUACCUUGUUACGAAGUAGGAAGUGAUUGGCGAGUUUUUAAGGAAAGAUUAAAAAUUUGGUUAGAUGUGAAUACCGUCAAACAAGAAAGCAAGGAAUUUUCGAAGAGCGAAUGGCACCGGGCUGUGUUACGCAGCGCACUCAACGAAACGGCGUAUAAGUUGGUACGCGAAUUAAUUGCUCCGAAAACAGUGACGGAGUUGUCGUAUGACGAGAUUAUAACUGCAAUAGACAAGCACCUUUUGCCAAAAAAAUCUCUGUUUGCGGAGCGGCACCACUUUCACAGUGCGACACAGAGAGUUGGCGAGGAAUAUGCACAUUGGGCCGCACGAGUUCGUCGCUUGUCUACGGAUUGCGAGUUUGGUUCAGUUGUCGAUGAAAUGUUGCGGGAUCGCUUUAUACUGGGUAUGCAACCUGGUGCGGAACGCAAUAAAUUGUUCUUAGAAGAACCGAAAGCGUUGACGCUGAAUAAAGCACUCGACAUAGCUGUGUCGGUACACAGCGCGAGACAAGCGGCGAGGCAGUCAGAGUCGGCGCCGGCGGCGUCGGCAGUGGGUACAGCGCAGGCGCAGCUCGCACUUGCGGACGUGUAUAGGGUUGCUGCAAGUUCGUCUAGCGGUGUACAGUGUGAUGUGUGCGGGUAUAAAAAUCACAAUGCCGAAAAGUGCAGAUUUAAAGGCUACAAGUGUAAAAAUUGCGGGCUUAAGGGCCAUUUAAAGCGCAUGUGUAAAAGCGAUAAGCGCGUAAAUAUGUUACAAGUUCAAUCUUCUGACGGAAGUAACGAUGAUGACGAUAUAGGAACUCUAAACACACAACGACGGAUAAAUCACCGGCGGAGCUAUUGUUUGGACGUAAUUUACGAACAAGACUGGAUGGCUUGAACGUUCACACGGAAAAAUCAACGUCA